AUGACUGAAUCGCUUUUUGAUAACAAAUUCAUUGCUGAUUCCAACAUGGCUACUGAAAAUUCCAAUCUUGAUGAUCAAAUCAUCAACAACCAUACUGAGACAACUCCAAUUGCUGAAGACCACGAUGAGGAAUUGGUUGUUGGGGGUGACAAAUCUUCAUUACCGGAAGUCACUGAAUCAUCAACUUUAAUCAAUUACAGAGUAUUGGUCUCCGCCAAGGAAGCUGGUUGUCUCAUUGGCCAAAAUGGUAAGGUCAUUGACAGCAUUCGGAUUGAGACUAAUACCAAGGCUGGGAUCUCAAAAUUACAACAAGGAUCUCAUGAACGUAUUCUAACUGUCAGCGGUACCUUGGAUGAUUGUUCCAAGGCCUUGAGUUACUUUUCACAAGCCUUAUGUUCUUCUCUGAACAACGUCUCCACUUAUAACUAUAUGUAUUUCCCUUUGAAAAGGUUGUCUCCUCAACCUUGCAUUCCAGGUGAAACCACUAUUCUUAGAUUGUUGAUACCUAAUAGCCAAAUGGGCACCUUGAUCGGACAAAAAGGUAUUAGAAUCCAACAAAUUCAACAAAAUUACCAUAUCUCCAUGAUUGCUUCCAAGUCUUUCCUUCCAGGGUCUAACGAAAGAUUGGUUGAAUUACAAGGUACAGUGGAUAAUUUAUACGAUGCCUUGAGAGUAAUUUCCAGAUGUCUUAUUGAAGACUUUUCCUCAAUUGUUAACACUAACUACUAUGUUCCAAAGGGAAGUGCAGUCAAUGCUAAAAACGGUACUACUCCAAAUAAGAAGCAAUCCACCACCAUGUCUUUCCCCAAUGAUAUUGUUGGUGCCUUGAUUGGGAAGAGUGGGACUAGAAUCCAAGGUGUGCGUAAAUUAUCCGGUGCUCAGAUUGCCAUUGGAGAUGAAGUUGAAGGUGAAGCAAAUAGAGUCUUCACCAUCACGGGAAGUCCUCGUGCUGUAGAGAAGGCUGUUGAGUUGUUGAACCAUAACUUGGACAGAGAAGAACAGAGACGUAAGAAUGCAACUGCUCCGGCGUAA